CGACGUAACCGACUUGUGAGUGAAGUCGGAGACGAUGAAAGAAUCGGGCUCUGCCAGUAUUUCACGAGGCAGAUUCCUAACUGCUCGGGCAGAUUGAAAUGAACCCACCUGGUUUUUUGCGCGAUAACACCGCGAUCAUAUCAAGUGGGAUUGUGGAAGGCGGUGAUGCCCAGGCCCACCGGAGUGGUACGCGUCGCAGAGAAAAAGCCAACCAGUCAAGAGUAGUUGAGUGGAGCCCUCCUUGGUCGUGGUUGAGCUCAGUCAAUGGAGACAAUGGCGUUGAUAUCUCCGACCUGCUGCUUCAUCAUGCCUAUCGCCUUCGCAGUAUCUUGCGAGGAGCGUGCAGCUGGUGUCUGUUCAUGUUGGUCACUUCGGCAGUCACAUAGCAAUCUUCUGGGGUCGUUCAGCUCACCGGACCGGGGUCGUAGAUCUACAGAAAGCUGUGCUGUGCUGAUUCCAAUCACUUCUCUGAUAAGGUAGACACAAACUAGUGCAAUUCGUCCGCACACAGGUUUCACGACGUUGGUAGGGGAACGACGUUGGUAGGGGAUGAAAAUGUUUUGAAAAAAGGACAGGGGACGCGCUAUUGUGUGAAAGAUUCGCCGUAGCUGGUUGCAAGAGCUUGAAUCAUUCACCUCUUUGUAGCUGCUGUCCGCAUCGACUUUGCGCAAUCUGAUUGUUGCUGUAUGCGAACGGCAGAAGAUCGGGUAGAAUCGGGGAUCCUUUGUUUUCGUAAGCAAAUAUGUGGCCAACUGUUUCGGUUUGGUUGUUUCCUCGACUUCUGCUGCACACGAAAAAAAACAGUCAAAAUAAAGAAGAGAAAAACUGGUUUAGAGUUCAAUUGUUUUCCUAAAAUAUAUGUGAAUCAGUUUGGGUUGACUUGCGCUUUCUACCCGGUUUUCCUUGUUCAUGUUUUCGUUCUGUACGCUUGAGGAGCUUCGGGGCAGCGCUGGCGGAAAGCUGCAGGUUGUGACCGUGAUCUAUUGUGCUUGAGCAGCUGGGGUCGAAUUUCAUGAGCUAAACUUUUUGAUAACGUGAAUGUUACAGUCGGACUAUAAAGCAGGUGGUGCAAGCCUGCUCACCUGAUUAAGGUACCGUGAUAUGUGCAUCGCACGGAAAAACAGACAACGAGAGAACGUGCUUGGAGUCUAAAAUGGUGGGAUGCAAGGGAAGAGGCAGUGAAAUCCAUUCCGCUUCGAUUGCGAUCGUCUUAGCCUCGACACUGGUCGCCAUAGUCUCUGUAGCCGAGGCGGUCGAUCACGUCGUGGGCGGUACAAGACAGUGGGAUUUUGCGCCGCAGACUGACAAAUCCUACUAUCAAAAAUGGGCUGACAACUCCACCUUCAACGUUGGUGAUGUUUUGGUGUUCAAUUAUGCAGCUGGUAGUCACGACGUUGCGCAAUACGACACCAAAGCGAAGUUCGACCGUUGUAAUGGGACGACCGUGAACAUAUGGACGACAGGCUCUGAUAGAAUUACGUUAACAUCAGCGGGCACUUUCUAUUACGUCUGUUCGUUUCUCACCCAUUGCAGCACGGCAGCGGGAGGUAUGAAGCUCGCCGUUACCACAGCCUCCGCGGUUGGAUCGCCGCCUGCCCCCUCUAACGCCCCAAUUUCUCCGACACCUCCACCCCCAAGUGGUGCAAGUCUGUCUUCUUCUUUACCCAUGGCUGGGCUUGUUGCGGCUGCAUUCAUCGUUGGUUGUGUGAUUCUAGUUUAGGAAUUCACACCACAUCAGCUUUAAGGAUUUUCGAAACAACAUUAUCUGCCUUGACUGGAUCCAUUUCAGAAUGCUUUGUGUUUGGUGUGGACAUCGACGAACGAGGCGAUGUUGUGUUGCUGCUUGUUAUCAAAUUCGAAGGCCUCAUUUAUUGGAGAUGCAGUGAAUACAAUAAAAUCUCCGGCACAUAAUAUGUUAUGUACACAUAACUGUUGGUGAUUGCGGCACCUCAUCAACUAGAAUUAAUUUGUGAUUCUCUCCGCAUCCGUAAUUAGGGUUAAUAUCUUUUUCGCAGUUGCACAACCUUUGAAGUCGUUUCAGAGACCAUAGUGUUUCUGAUGCUUCAGUCGCUAUACGUUCAUCAGUACGAUUCAUCCCCUAAACCGAAACAUUCUUCACCACUCCGAUGGUGAAACUUUUCGUUUCGAAUGUUUCUGUUGCUUGUAAAAAUUCAAUUUAUUUGUUCAUAUUUUCAAUCCU